AACCCCACAUAUGUUGGAGCUCAUACAUGUCCUCUAGAUGGCAUAUAAAUCGAAAGUAUUAGCGCCACUGUAUGUUUCGACCAUGGCCACUAAAUAACGAAUUAUUCACACCGGCAUGUGGUCAAAACAGUGUGCUUGACUCUCAUGCAUACUACGCAUUAUUUAAAAAAUGAAUAACAGUUCAUUCCAAGAAAUAAACAAUUGAAAUAGUUGCUGUUGAUUGAAGUGAAAAAGUGAUUAUUAAGAUAAUAUGGGAAUUCGCGGUUUGACAACGUAUAUUACCAAUAGAUCUGAUUAUUAUUUGGAAAAUUAUGAACUGAGUAAUACCAAAUUAGUGAUAGAUGGUUGGAGUUUGUGCUCUCAACUGUUUACUACGUAUUCACGAUAUGAUAUAUUUGGAGGCGAUUAUGAUUAUUUCGCUCACCAAACCAUCAUUUUUUUUGAUGAGUUAUUAUGUUGUAAAAUAGAACCAUUAGUAAUAUUGGAUGGGGCUUGGGAAGAUAAAAAAUAUUCCACUCUUGUAGAACGUUUAGAAGACCGGUUGAAUUCUGCAUCAAACAGUAAAAUUUCUAAUCCAAAGUCAUCAGUCAUUUUUUCAAUGCUUACUACUGAAAUAUUUAUAAGUAUCAUGAAAAAAAUGAAAAUUAAAUUUUUUGUGUGUACAUUUGAAGCGGACAAUUGUAUUGCUGGGCUAGCACGAGUAUUAAACUGCCCAGUUUUAAGUUAUGAUUCCGAUUAUUAUAUUUAUGGAGUUGAAUACAUUCCAAUUGACACGUUAAAUCCAAAUGUCAUAAAAACUAAAGGAGGAUAUGUCAGAAAAUGCAAAAUUUUUAAAACUGAAAAGUUAUACAACAGAUUUAAGGGACUUAAUCAAAUGUCAUUACCUUUAGCAUCUAUUUUAUUGGGAAAUGAUUAUAUUAAUCACAAAGUAUUUAGAAAUUUUUUCAGUAUUAUACUACUAAAACAUGUUCACAAAUCUACUGAACAACAUAGGAUUGAAAAAGUUUUCAAGUGGUUAAGUAAGUACACAUUAAAAGAUGCAUUAAAACAUAUCAUAGCAUAUUUACCUCAUCAAAGAAAAAAAAAUAUAAUCUAUACAAUUGAAUUAAUUAUCAAUGGUUAUUUAAAUACACCAACUUAUAUUUUGGAAGCAUUCGGAUUUGAUGAGAAGUUUGUCGACGAAGUUAAAAACAAUAAUAAAAUUUUUAAAUACGAAGAUGAAAAAGAUACAGAAGAAGAUGAUGAUAAUGAAGAAAAUAAUAAAGAAGACGAAAAUGAUGAAAAAGAAGAUGAUGAUGAAGAAGAAAAAGAAAAAAGAGAUACAAAGGAUUUGACAACGGUAGAGCCGGAAAAUGAAUUUGCGGCUUUAGUGCCAGAUUGGUUCAUGGAGAAUUUUUCAAAAGGCAAUUAUCCACCGUUUUUUAUAAAUUUUUUGACUCAUAGAACAUAUAUAUUACCAUUACAAAGUGAAGAAUGGUCUUUACCGUCUUCACACAAUAUAAGUUUUCCAAUUAUCCAAAAAAUUUCAAGUUUAUUAGUAACUUUAGAUAAUGAAAAUAAUGAUGAAUCUACAAUGAUGACAUUGGUAACACGGGACCAAACAAUGGUAGUUACUGAAAAUUUAAUUAUCCCUAAAUCAUGCAUUAGCUUGGAAAAGUUGCGUCAUUGGGGAUAUUGUCAAAGGAAAAAAAUUUUGGAUGAAACUCUUGGUAUACAGGAUAAUGCUCUAGAAGAUCUACCACCAACAUGGAGAUUAUAUGUAGGUACCAUAUUGUACUGGGUUCAGCAACAUUGUGAUCCACCAAAAACAGAAAUUCACGUGAAUUGUUUGUUAUUAUCUAUGAUGUUAGAAAUUAUUGAUAACAAAAUUGGAUUCUGUAGAUCCAAAGAAAAAUUUGAGAAAAAAUACGCAAAAGAUUUGACACAAAUUUUGGCAGAAACCAAAUUAGAUAAAAAAAAUCAUUCGGUAAACAUUACAAGUUUGAUCAAUUCUGUAUCAACUGAAAAUUGUAUUUCAGCGUUAUCAUUCUUUUUAGAACAUUAUGGGUUAGAUAAAAAAUUACAAAUUAAUCCAGAUAAAUUUGACCGACAGAUUGUUCACGUUUUUGCUCAAUUUCAAAGUUUGUUAAGACACAUUAGGUAUCUAAAUGCAUUACUGGGUCCAAUUUAUAUUCCAUCCGAUCCAAGUAAAUUUUAUAAUGGUACAUUAUUGUAUAAUUUGUACACAAAUCUUAAAACUCGAGAAAAUAUUUAUGAUUAUAUUUGUACAAGGCUGAGGAAUUCUCCAACAAUACUACAAAUAUUUAAUAUACUCAAAUCUAAAGUAUUUGAUAUUAUUGAUGCUAAAGUAUCUUACCUUCAUAAAGAAGAAAAAACAACUAGAAGAAAACGUAAAAAGAAUAAAAAUAAAUUAAAAACUAAAAAUGAUAGUCACGACGAUGAUGAUGAGAAAUUAGAUUCGGAUAUUGAAGAUCAAGAAAAUAACGAUGUUAACGCAUAUUAUUAUGAUCCGAAUAAUCGAUACGCAUCUUUAGUUCAUUAACUAUUAUUUCACUUCAUAUAUUUUUUAAAAAUUAUAUAUUGUUAUCAGUUAUAUUUCAACUUUACAGUUUAAUUGGUUAUAGAUUUUAU